AAAUAGCAAAAUGUUUUGAACAUUACAAUUUAUUAUACAGUCGUACACUACCGAAUGUCUGCUCAAUAUAAACCGGAUCUUAAAAUGAAAGAAUCAUUCUAAAUAACGUUUUUCUUAUACAUGCGGAUUAUAGAUUUUAUUUGUAUUUGUCACUUAUUAAGACAUAUGCGUUAACGUUACUUCAGUCCACCGAACAGUUUGGAAAUGGCGGAAGCAAGGAUUUUGAAUGGACAUCUGACAAGAGACGUGAACGAGGCUGCGGCUAUGUUAAAGGAAGGAAAAUUGAUUGCUAUACCUACAGACUCGGUGUACGCAUUGGCUGCUUCAGUGGACUUUCCAGACAGCGUCGAUAGAAUCUUUAGAGUUAAAGAUCGAGAUCCAGAUAAGAAUAUAUCCUUGUUGUUACCAGAUAUAGAAACUUUAGUCAACGCUGGACCAGAUUUUUCUGACCUUUUGUGGACUUUUCUAAAACAAUCUUGUCCGUGCCCCAAUGGCUUCGUUGUUCCUAAAGGUGACUGGCUGGAAAAAGUGUGCCCAAAGACACAAGACCUUAUAGGGAACGAAGACAGCAUUUGCAUCAGAAUAUCAAACUGUAGUGAGCUAAGCCUCCUGGCCUUAAAGUCUGGUCCACUGGCGCUGUCUUCAGCAAACUUAAGUGGGAAACCUGACAGUACACAUCACAGUAUGGUCCAAACAGCUUUUGGCAACAAAAUUGAUGGUAUUUUAUGUAUUGGCGAUUCUUUGGAGUCUAAAUCAUCAAGUGUGGUAAACUGUCUACAUUUUGACAGAGAUGAAAUCAGUUACUUUAGAAUUGGAUGUACGCCUCAGGAAGUCAUCUUUAGGGACUAUAAAAAUGCGAAAAAAGUCCUUGCAACACUACAUAUCAUCAAUCCUUCUUCUAGAGAUAGAAAACCGUAA